UUUGCAAGCUGCUGGAUGCCUACAAUAAAAUUGUUGCCACAUAUUAAAUUAGAAAUCGAUAGAAUCCAUUUGGCUUCUUGUGGCAUGUCGUCUUUGACUAUUAAAGCACUCAAUGGAUGGCCAAAGUCUUGUGACCAGGUAGGCCUGCUGUGUCCCAAUCAUCAGUAAGUUUAUAGAAAAAAUUGCAAACCGACCAGCUCCAUCUGUUAAUUUGUGCUUCUGUACCUGCACACACAAACCAAAGUGAUUAGGGGAUUCUCCAAACCGAAGCAGGUCACCACUCACCACCCAUUACACAAGCAUGCGUUGAUUGGUCAUUCUAAUGUUUGGCGGGUCGUUUAGAACACAAGAUGUUUCUUCUGCCAACGGACAGGUUAUACCUUUCGCGCGAAAGCAGGAUUCACCUUCCUUCGUGCGAAUGCACCGUUGGCUCGCGCGAUGGUUGCUUCGAGGUCCGGGCAGAUGGAUGAAUGGCCGGUUCGGAGUGCUUUACGUUCGGUGCGGAUAGCGAUCGGACGGGUGAUGUACAGAAAGAAGAUGAAUCAUUCUUUCGCGACCCGAACCCGCUAGUUCCAAGGACCGCUUGUCAACAACCGUGCAUCCAGGUACUCCAGACAGAUAUGUCGAGCCACUCAAAGAUUCAAAGCUUUACGGGUCUCAUUAUUUUAUGUCAAGCCCCAGAAAGGGCUUGAACACCCCAAUCUGGUUUCUUGUUCUUCUACUUUGCUCGGCUCUUUCCUUUGUCUUUUGGAAGACUUCCCGUCAUGAUGAGAAUAGAGGAGAUGCUUCCAUCCAUACUUUGUUUGGUGGUCUCCAUCGCCGCAGGAUCAGCGUGGGUUGGAAACGCGGCGUCGACCUUGCCGGCCAAACAGAUCGAGAGAGGCUUCUCGGCCACCCACGACCCAUCCUACUCCGAGUUCCAGCCUCUCCUCGCCGACCCGAACGGCGUUUUCUCCCUGGGCUUCCUCCGCUUCAACUCCACCCAGCUCGAGCUCGCGGUCCUCCACCUCCCCUCCUCCCUGCCCGUCUGGCGCGCCAACCAGGCUCGCCCAGCACUCUGGACCAGGUCCACCUCCUUCUCCUUUAAUGGCACCCUAGUCCUCUCCGACCCGGAAACAGGGGUAAUCUGGUCGACCCCGACCGCCGGCGGGGACCGACUCGUUCUCCUCGACUCCUCCAACCUUCAAAUCCAAAAGCUCGGAGAUCCCGUCGAUGUUCUAUGGCAAAGCUUCGAUUUUCCAUCGGAUACUCUGGUCCAGAACCAGACCUUCACCUCGAAGGCCGCACUUCUCUCCACGAACCGGAGAUAUUCUAUGCGUCUGGGCUCGAAUUACUUCGCCCUUUAUAUGGAAGUCGGCGAAGACCCGUCGCCGAUGUACUGGAAGCACACGGCAAUGGAAGCCAGGGCCCAGAUCGUCCCUGGCGAAGGGUCGAUCUACGCCCGGGUCGAACCGGCCGGGUUCCUCGGCAUGUACCAAAACGAGAAGGCCCCCGUCGACGUGCUGCCCUUCGAUACGUUCAGCAGAGGGAUCUCCGGGCUCCGCCGCCUGACCCUGGAGCCCGACGGGAAUCUCCGGGCGUACUACUGGAAUGGCUCGACGUGGGUGCGGGACUUCACGGCCAUCACCGAGCCGUGCGGCCUCCCCAGCACUUGCGGGCCCUACGAGCUCUGCAGCACGGGGGAGCCCCGCUGCAAAUGCCUGGAUAACAGCACCGACAGGUGCCUUCCGGCGGGUUCUGGCGAUCUUUGCGCAUCGGAAGGAGAUGAUUUCUGGGUUUUGAGGAGGAAAGGCGUCGACUUGGCGAACAAGGAGCUUCUGGGGUUCCAAAAGGUGGGAUCUUUGGCGGAGUGCGAGGAUUCCUGCGAGCGGAACUGCAGCUGCUGGGGCGCCGUCUUCAACAACGCGACGGGGUACUGCUACGGAAUGGAUUACCCGAUCGGGACGGUGGUGGAGGGGGACGAGGGGAAGGUGGGGUACUUUAAGGUGAGGGGGAACGCCGGCGGGGGAGAACGAGAGGGAGCAAGCGCGGGGAAGAGGACGAGGGCGGCUUUGCUAGUGAUCGGUGUCGUUAUCUUCGCCGGGGCGGCAGGGUUCGGGGCUUACCAGGUGCGGAACCGGAUGAGGAUGAGAGGCGGCGUCGAUGGGUCGAUGACGGAAGGGCUCGCUCCGGGACCGUAUAAGGAUCUGAGCUCGGCCUCCUUUCGAUCGAUCGAGCUCUCCAACUCGUUUAAAAAGUGAGGUAGGCAAAGAGCGAGAGAUAGAUAGAGACAAGAGCACCUCGCUCUCCGGCCGGAGUGUCGUCGGCGGGGCGGGCCGGGGAGGGGAAGCGUGAAUCGUGUCUGAUAGCUGAUCCAUCUAUCCAACGGUUCUGAUUUUUAAGAUGAAAAUGAAACAAAGGAGAUAAACAUUUUCUAAUCAUAAUUAUUAUUCUUUUUCGUUGACUUUUUCUUUUUUAAAAAAAUCUUUUCAGCUCUUGGUGGAAUCCAAAAAUUUUGUUAGAUGAGUCACGGGUUUAGUGUAAGCUGGCUCAUCUGCGUUACUGUAAAUGGAUGAAUCUCGCGCGUUCAUCUAGACUACCAUCUUGUGGAUUGGUUCUCGAUCGUUGUGCCUCCGCUUUUUUUUAAUUAUUUUUAAUUUUUAAAUUAUUUUUUAAUAUUCCCUCGGUGACUUUAAUUCUAUUUUAUUUCAGCGGGCCAUAGCCCAGAAGCUUAAACCCUGAACCGCAAUUCCGGUCUCCUAGCUCGAGUGCGAGCGAGCCAUUCUCCUCCCCCCUUCCCUCUCUUUCGUCUCACUCCGAUGUAAUGUAAUUCUCUGUCUAUAGAAUUCUUUUCUUUCUAAACUCUCUGUUGGUUUGACUCAAGUUGAGAUUGAGAGCGGAUAAAAUUACUAGUUCUUUAUUCCGGUUCUUUACCCAAGUUAAGAGUCGUAUACGUAUGACCAUGAAUAUUGCGAACUGUCAUGGCACGACUCACGUGAAGAUGUCCAGAGAAUCGAAUUGCAAAGCUGUGCGUGGAUGUCUGACUUCCA